AUGUCAGCCUCUAUCUUACGUUCACUCGCCCGACCCUCAGCGACACCGAGUCUCGGCCUCUCCACCCUUCACCAAGCACAACGCACUAUGGCGACGGGUGUAGUGAAGAAGGAAUGGCUUGCAAUCAUGCCUGAUAAGCCUGAUGUUUUGGAAAUCAGAAAGAAGGUGAAAGCGACGCACUAUGAGGGCAUCAAGCCAUUGAUCGCUUCCGGGACACUACCAGCUGGCGGUGCUAUUUUUGAAAAGCACCCUGUUGAUGGAGAGCCAGCUCUAUUCAAGGGGAGUGUUGUCGUCUAUUCCGCCAAAAGCAUCGACGAGGUGCGCACAAUCAUCGAGAAUGACGUGUACGCAACCAGCGGUGUGUGGGACCUCGAAAAAGCCCAGAUCAUACCAUAUGUCCCAGCGGUUCGUGAGCCUCUGAGCAAGUGA